CUCAAGCACUGCAAACUUGUUGCGGUGCGUGGAAUUGAGUCGGGCAGGGAGAGAAAGAUUUGCACUGAAGUUUCUGGAUGAACCGCUUUUUGAACUCUUCAAUGACUAAAGUUGAGGUACCUUGCAGACUCUUGUCCUGAAGACUGGGAAACCAAGAGAUUGCCUAAAUUUACCUGUUUCCCUCCGCGACUUGGGGAAAAUGAAGUCCUGGAUAUGUGCGCUCGCGCUUGUCUUGGCAGUGCAGUCUAUACACGCGGGAACAGACCCUCAGGAGCCGUGUGCAGGACGUGACUGCAGCUCAGGAAGGUGUCCAUGUCUCCCCACUAAAGGCAGUAGGGGACGACCAGGAGCCCAUGGCGCACUUGGCACAAGUGGCCCCGAGGGGUCACUUGGCAACCCAGGGCCCGUGGGGCCAAAAGGAGAGAAGGGCCACGUAGGAAGGAGGGGCCCAUCAGGCAUCAAAGGAGACAAGGGUCCAAUGGGCGUUCCCGGAUUUUCUGGUACUGAUGGCGUUCCUGGCCACCCAGGUCAAGACGGGCCCAGGGGACCUGCAGGAGGCGACGGCUGCAACGGCACACACGGAGACCCUGGCGGCCGAGGAGCGGACGGUUACCCCGGCAACCCAGGAGGGCCUGGGUUUCCUGGUCCUAAAGGUCAAAAGGGAGAGCCGACCUACGUGGACAUCGGUGGACAGGGUGGAAUUGUGGGUCCGGGUAUUUCAGGCGGAUCUGGUGAUCGUGGUCCAAUGGGUCCAGACGGGCCCCCAGGUGGAGGGGGAGCCAGAGGCCCCGAUGGUUACCCGGGUCUUCCUGGGCCACCCGGACCGCCAGGCCCCACAGGUAGUCAAGGCCUAGGUUCGCAAGGAGAAAGAGGAGACAAGGGGGAUGCAGGGUUUCCCGGACCCCGGGGCGUCCCGGCCGCUCUGGUAGGCCCGCCUAUAGGCCUGGUCUACAAAGGAGAGAAGGGUGAUAUCGGUUUCAGGGGUCAACCUGGACUUGGAGGAAGACCUGGAGUUCCUGGUGCCUUUGGAUAUCUUGGUGAAAAAGGUGAAAAGGGAAUACCAGGCUAUCCAGGCGGAAGGGGUGAUUCGGGCCUGAAUGGACCUCCUGGUAGUCCAGGGAGACAGGGUUUCCCAGGAAACAGCGGUUAUCCAGGCCAACCAGGCUACGGUGGCGCUAAGGGAGAGCGAGGCGAUCAAGGUGCACCUGGUCCAACCACAUAUGCGGACAGAUUUGGACUAGCUGUGAAAGGUCCAAUGGGAGAUGCAGGUUUCGAUGGUCUUCCAGGCCCCACUGGAGAUCAGGGUCUGCCAGGGUACCCAGGAACACCAGGAGCCCCCGGCUCACGCUCCCUCUCCACAGGUCCUCCAGGCAGUCCAGGCUUCCCAGGCACACAGGGGCCCAGGGGAGAGAAAGGAAACGCCGGUCGCCAAGGCUACGGGCCGGAGGGUCUGCCUGGUGGCCCCGGCCUGCCUGGACCUCCUGGUCUCCCCGGCCCACCCGGACAAUCUGUGGCCUACCCCCAGUACCCCAGGGAGAUCCCCGGAGCCCCUGGUGCCCCCGGCCUGAGGGGCCUGUCUGGUGGACCUGGAUACCCUGGCGGUAAAGGUGACGUUGGAGACUGUGCGUGUGGCGGUGGAGGCAUAUCAGGUGACGUGGGCCCAACAGGUGCUCCAGGCUCUCCUGGUUAUCCUGGCGGCAACGGCGCUAAAGGAGAGAUCGGAGACGCAGGAACGCCCGGCGGUCUUGGUGCACCUGGAGCUACCGGACGUCCAGGAGAGCCAGGGUUCUCCGGCAGGAAGGGAGAGAAGGGCAGCCCCUACUACCCCUAUGGCAUCAGCGGAGAGAAAGGAGAGCGCGGCUGGUCCGGGCCUGGCGGAGCCCCCGGAGCCGCAGGACAGCCUGGAAGAGACGGAAAUCCUGGAUAUCCCGGACCGGUUGGACCCCCUGGUGAUGCUGGCUACGGAGUGGUAGGAGAAAGGGGUCUCCCCGGGUUCCCUGGCGGUAAAGGACGGCCAGGCCUGCCAGGAGAACCCGGUCUUGGCUACGCAGGAUCCGCUGGUCUGCCAGGCCCAGCAGGAGACCCUGGCCUGGACGGCUACCCCGGGGCCCCGGGCCCUCCUGGACUCCCAGGUGACUACGGCUGUGGGCGGGAGGGGCUUAGUGAUGCCUCUGGCGCAGAGGGAGGAACGGUACUGCCAUGCAGAAUCCCCGGAGAGGCUGGAUCACCUGGCUUUCCUGGUCGCCCUGGAGUCCCAGGUAACAAAGGCAACCCAGGUGGUCCUGGAUCUAAUGGACGGCCUGGUUUUGAUGGGGCGAAGGGCGAAAGAGGAGACUCUGGUUAUGGAGGACAGGCAGGACCCCAAGGGUUCCCUGGGCCCAGGGGAGACCCUGGACAGCCCGGCGUACCGGGCACAGGCUUCCCAGGAGCGCAGGGCAAGAACGGCCAACCUGGUCGUCCAGGAGCCAAGGGAGAGCCCGGCGUAGCCUACGGAACCGCUCCUGGAGCACCCGGUGCCAACGGUCUCCCUGGCGGACCUGGAGAUAAGGGACUGCCUGGAGACAACGGACUGCCCGGCUUACCGGGUGAGAACGGAGGUCCUGGCAUUCCCGGGGCGAAGGGAGAGCGCGGCUUGGACGGCUACCCAGGUCAGGUGGGGCUUCCUGGUCUACCAGGUGAGCUCCCGGCAGGCGGCCUACCUGGACCAGCGGGACCCUCAGGAGGCAAAGGACUCCCCGGGCCACCAGGAUACCCUGGACCAAAAGGUGAAGCUGGAAUCCCUGGAGCUCCAGCGAGAGGGGGCAGAAAAGGUGGACCAGGUAUCCCAGGUUCUGAUGGGACACCUGGAUCGAGAGGCUUGCCUGGACCCCCUGGACCAGCUGUGUAUGAAGGCCGUCCUGGAACACCAGGAGGAAAAGGUGAAAAAGGAGCUGCUGGAUUGAUCGGUUUCCCUGGAAGACCAGGAGCCGCAGGAACACCAGGGAUCCCCGGUGGAAAAGGUCUUCCUGGCUACUCCGGAACUGACGGGUCACCUGGAGGCCCUGGAGCCCCUGGAUUCAAGGGAGACAGAGGGUUACCUGGAUUGCCAGGACAAGCCUCUAUCCCGCUGCCAGUUGGAAGGCUUGAGGCUGGUGAGCCAGGUGUCAGUGGAUCCCCUGGACUUCCAGGAUUUCCCGGCCCUAGAGGUGACAAAGGUUUCCCUGGAACACCCGGCCGUCAGGGUCUGCCUGGUCUACCUGGUUUUGCCGAGCAAGCUAAAGGUCUUCCAGGACAGCCUGGCAUUCCUGGUCGCCCUGGAUCUCCUGGUUUUCCUGGGGGUAAAGGUUCUCCUGGCAUCAAUGGUUUUCCAGGAACAUCUGGCCCACGGGGUGACGACGGGCUUCCUGGUUUACCUGGCGCUAACGGAGAACCUGGAAUACCGGGUGGCAAAGGUGAGAGAGGCGAGUCCUAUGGCUACCCUGGGCCCUCCGGACCCAAGGGUGCAGCUGGAGACCCUGGAUAUCCUGGUGGGCCAGGUGGGCCGGGUCCAGUAGGAGACGCUGGAGCCCCUGGAGGAUCCUCAUACGGUGGACAGAAGGGCGCUCCAGGAGAACCAGGAAGACCAGGCCUGAUGGGAACCCCUGGAUUCCCUGGUGCCAAAGGUCUGCCAGGAUACCCUGGUGGUCAGGGACUGCCUGGAGGACCCGGCUUGCCAGGAGCACCAGGAACAUCAGCAGAAAAAGGUUUACCAGGUGCACCAGGUUUGGAUGGACUGAAUGGACUUCCGGGAGCAAAGGGAAUCCCUGGAGUGCCAGGUGGAGCUCUCCCUGGUAGACCUGGUACACCUGGUGCUAACGGCCUGAAAGGAGAGAGGGGAUCAUCUGCUCCUGGUGGUCCAGGACUUCCCGGUGCUAAAGGAGAAAGAGGCAAUUCAGGUGGGCCUGGAGCGUCAGGUCUCCCCGGUCUCCCUGGCCCUCGUGGUGCAACUGGCAUCUCAGACGUCCCUGGACCUCUGGGAGACCCCGGCCUACCAGGACUGGACGGAGCACCUGGACCUCGCGGUCUUCUCGGUGCCCCCGGCCCACCGGGCCCAGGCUCCAUUCAGGGAGAGAGCGGAGACCCUGGACUUCCCGGUCUUCCAGGUGGACCCGGACCCAAAGGCGAGCCCGGCUACUUUGGGGGACCCGGAUUACCCGGAAGCCCUGGAUUCAAAGGAGAGAGAGGAGAGAGCGGGUACAAAGGACUGCCAGGACCACCCGGUUUCCCUGGAGACACAGGAUAUCCAGGACAGAAGGGUGACAGAGGGACACCUGGUCCAAGUGGUUACAAGGGCCGUCCAGGAAUAGUCCUGCCGGCACCAGACUUCCCGCGUGUCUUCGGAUCAGCUGGUUUUCCAGGCUCUAAUGGAGCCUCUGGCCUCAGUGGACUUUCAGGGCAGCCUGGUCUUCCUGGCCGUCAAGGUCAGAAGGGUAAACCCGGGACUGCUGGAAGACUUGGUCCCGCAGGUUUGGAAGGUCCCCCAGGUCCUCUCGGAGAUCCCGGCUCACCUGGUUUCCAAGGACCCACCGGAGAACCUGGUCCGUCUGGUAAAUCUGGCCUGCCUGGUCCUCCUGGCUACGCAGCCCGCAGCAGCAGCAUCGGCUACACCCUGGUGAAGCACAGCCAGUCCAACCAGGUGCCCAUGUGCCCCCAGGGCAUGGUCAGGCUCUGGGAAGGCUACAGUCUGCUGUACGUCGAGGGACAGGAAAAGGCUCACAACCAAGACCUGGGUCUACCUGGUUCCUGCCUCCCGCGCUUCAACACGAUCCCGUUCCUGUACUGCACACCCAAUGAGCUCUGCUACUACGCCAGCAGGAACGACAAGUCGUAUUGGCUGUCGACCACGGCACCCAUUCCCAUGAUGCCCGUUGGCCAAGAGCAGAUUCCUCAGUACAUCAGCCGCUGCUCCGUUUGUGAAGCCCCGUCUCUGGCCGUGGCCGUCCACAGCCAGGACCUCAGCAUACCCGAGUGCCCUUACGGAUGGAGGAGCCUAUGGAUUGGUUACUCAUUCUUAAUGCACACUGCGGCCGGGGCAGAGGGCGGUGGCCAGUCUCUGGUGUCGCCGGGCUCCUGUCUGGAGGACUUCCGGGCCACACCGUUCAUCGAGUGCAAUGGCGCCCGGGGCACCUGCCACUUCUUCGCCAACAAGUACAGCUUCUGGCUGACCACCGUGGAGCACAACAACCAGUUCAUCAGCGGCCCUCCACAGGACACUCUCAAGGGCGAACAGAUGCGCACACGCGUCAGCCGAUGCCAAGUGUGCACCAAGAAUUUGUAGCAAUGCUGCAUGGAGGAACGACUGAGGAAAAAAAAGAAGAGAGAAGAGCUACCCAGAAGAGAAAAAAGGGUGGCCCUGGAGAGCAAGAACAUAUUGAAAACAAAACUUAUUGACUGAUAACAAUAUCCCCAUAUGUCCCGGUAUGUAACAUGUUGUGGUCUUAGGGCUGUGAGUUGAAUUUGGGAGGUGAUGGGGGACAUUUCAGUGCUCUCACACGGAGAGAGUUGUGAGGGGACUGGGGAACAGAUUUUUUUUGUGUGACUGCUCUACACUAGAUUUUUUUAUCAACAGUGGUGCUAAUUGUACAAUGUCUUCUUUGUUUUCAUUUUUCUCGUUAUUGUCUGAUAUUCACGGCUACCUCGGCGAGUGCACCAAAAUCCCUUGGAUAGCACUGAACUGCCAAUAGACAUGUAUUAGUUACACUACGGCCAUAGAGCAAACAAAAUAUACAUCCGUUAAACUGGAGCAUUUUUACACGUUUGGAUUCAUUAUGUAAGCUUCAAUAACUGGGAGUGGUGCUUCUGUAAACCUAAUUCUUGAAAAAAAGAAAAUUGAGUCACAAGAAAAGUCAAAAGCACUUUGUAGUUUUAACGUGAAAAUGAUAGUGCCCUGUGAUCACCUGAGUACUAGACGGCUAACAAAUAACCCAGAUAUCGAUCUCUUUAAUGUAUUGCACUGAUGAGAAUGUUUUAUUGAGUUGAUAUCAACCUGGCCUUACGGCACUAUUUAAUGUGACCAAAUCAGGAACAGGUGAGUACACCACACUAGACAGCAUUUUAUAUCUCUAUUCCACAUCAAAUGUAAAUGUUUUUUCAUGUAGUUUGCUAAAUUUAACCUACAUGUUUGUUACGCUGAAAUGAGCCUCCUUUCACUGACUGGAAAGAGAGAUGGGGUUUGUGGAAUAGUAUACCUCGUUUUAAAAUGAGAA